GGUGAAAAUGUCUUCUUUGUCAUGACGAAUCUGAUUGUGACCCCAAACCAGAGGCAAGCCACAUGUCCUGAGAGUGACAGAAUUCCCGAUGCCGUGUGCUACAAGGAUGGGGACUGUGUGGCAGGGGAGGCAGUGGUAGCUGGCAAUGGGGUUAAGACUGGCCGUUGUUUGAAAGACAGGGACAGCAUCAGAGGAACUUGUGAGAUAUUGGCCUGGUGCCCAGUGGAGAAAAGAUCCAAGCCCAAGAAACCGCUUCUCGCCAGUGCAGAAAACUUCACUGUUUACAUCAAAAACUCAGUCCGCUUCCCCAAGUUUAAGUUCUCCAAGAUGAAUGUGCUGGCAACCAACAAUGAGUCCUACCUGAAGAGCUGCCGCUACAGCAAAGAGCAUCCCUACUGCCCCAUCUUCCUCCUGGGAAACAUAGUUCAGUGGGCUGGGAGCAACUUCCAGGAAAUGGCCUCAGAGGGUGGUGUGAUAGGAAUUCAGAUUGAAUGGAACUGUGAUCUUGAUAAAGCCCCUUCUGAAUGUAAUCCUCACUAUUCUUUUAGCCGUCUGGAUAACAAGUUUGCAGAAAAGCCCAUUUCUUCAGGGUACAACUUCAGGUUUGCCAAAUAUUACCGGGACGCUGAGGGGGUCGACUACCGGACGCUCAUUAAAGCGUAUGGAAUCCGCUUUGAUGUGAUGGUGAAUGGCAAGGCAGGAAAAUUUAACAUCAUUCCCACUAUUGUCAAUAUCGGUUCGGGGCUUGCUCUCAUGGGAGCGGGAGCUUUCUUUUGUGACCUGGUGCUGCUGUAUCUGAUUAAAAAGAGUAACUUCUAUCGAGGCAAAAAGUAUGAGGAAGUAAAGUCUGGUUCCAGGAAAUCCUUACCUAGUCCUACGCUGAACGGGAAUCAGAGUCCUGACCAGCUCGGUGGGCUCUAG